CUAUUGAGAUGUGCCAGAAACUCAUUACUCACACAUACAGGCAGUUUGCUUUUUGUUUGUUUGUUUGUUUGUUUGUUUACUUUAUUAUUUCUAACAUUUUUGUCCCAAGUGAUUUCUCUCGUUUACUCCAGAAGCUGGAAGGGGAAGAGAUGAGGCUAAUUGUAGGUUAUUGAUUGGUGGAGCUGCAUCAAGAGCAUAGAAUGUUAGGUGAUAACAAGGAAGGACGAGAACCCAGGUAAUGUGGGAAGAGGACAGUGUUUGGUCAACCACUAGAUGACAGCAGCAAUGCACUUUCUUUCACUCAGAUCAGACUCGGAAGGAGGACACCAUGGGCAUCAGGGAGGAACUGCAGAGCCGUCAGUUCUGGUGUAGCCUAUUGGCAGAAGCCACAGGCACCCUUAUCUUUGUCUGGAUAGUGCUGGGUGCCUCAUCCCCCACCGGUCCUAAAGAGGUGCUGCCUACUUCGCUCCAACCAGCCCUUGCUGCAGGACUGGUAGCUAUCAGUUUGGCACACUGCUUUGGUAAGAUCAGUGGUGCCCAAGUCAACCCCGCACUCACUAUGGCCUUCCUGUGCACUCGUAAACUGGAUGCUCUGCAUGCCUCGACCUAUAUUCUAGCCCAGUGUCUGGGUGCCAUCUUAGCAUCAGGCUUUUUUUAUCUCAUGUUACCCAGCUCAGCCAUUGGGCAAUUGGUCACAAAGGUCAGCACUGAGGGGAAUGCUGGACAGGCUCUGGGGAUGGAGCUGUUUUCCACUUUCCAGCUGGCUCUCACCAUUUUUGCUGUAGAAGAUCACCGGAGGCAUGAACUAGGGGAGCCUGUUGGGAUUUUGGCUAUUGGUUUCUCUGUGAUAGCAGGAGCUCUGGCUGCGGGUACCUUCUCUGGGGGCAGUAUGAAUCCAGCCCGAUCUUUGGGUCCAGCUGUCAUCACAGGAUUCUGGGAACAUCAUUGGGUGUAUUGGCUCGGCCCUAUUCUGGGUGCUGUUCUGGCUGGAGUAUCCUAUGAAUUCUUCUUUGCUGACAGCGCUUCACGGGAAAAGCUUGUUGCCUGCCUGACCUGUCGCGACAUUGAGAUUGUGGAGGCGGCCAGCAUGUCUCGGUCUUCACUUUCUGCUGCUCCUCAGGCUAAAUCACCUGACAAGGAAGAACAUGGCACUGAGUAGAAAGCUACAGCAAUUCCCCAUCUAUUUGUCUUCUUGUAAAGCCUCUGUUCAGCUUCCAGCUUCCUUCCACCUUAUGCAGCUUCAUAUAUAUUUAUAUCUGUAUUGGCAUUAAGUUUUGAGGUUGGUGCUCUUAAAGCACAGCACUGCCAUCCUGACCAUACCAGAUUUCUGAUUCUGUUCACAGUUUACAACAGAAAUAGUAUCAAAUAGAGUAAUCCAAGGGAGGAUAAAAGCCAGGAUUCCUAGAUUCUCAUUGUUUUUAGAUAAGACCUAGUGCAUGAGCUCAUUAGCUUCAUUAUAGUUGGAGACACCUCCUUUGCCACCAUCAGUCUUCAAUCACCUGACUGAUUUUAGAUACACUUAAUUUAAAACACAUGUAAAUGGAAAGCUCAUGUAAAUCCCACAAAGAUCUCAGAAGUAUUUUUAGAGACUAAAAAUGGUUGCUGCCUAAGAGCCCAGUGCUUCAUUUGGAAGUAUAUUUGCCUGCCAAGAAAAAGGGAUACAAGUAAGGUGUGGUAGCAAGGCCUACCAGUUUGGGGAGGCCUAAUAAACAUUCUACUGUCCAAUA